AUGGCCUCGUCUUCAUCGAAUGGCAUGGAAUUCCUCAAAGGUGUGAUGCCGGACGGCGAAUUCAGCAGCGAGUUCGCUGCAAUGGCAGCUGCUUCUAUGGGUAGGAUUAUUUGAAAAAUUAUUGUAUAUUUAUUAAAAUAUAAUAUUGUAAAUUUCAGCCUUUGAUCCCAAGAACACCAGGAUUAUCUCUGUGAAUGGGCUCCCCGCAAACACCCGUUCCUCCGCCCAUCGUCUCCGCCAAGAAUACCGACGACGACGGAAGGAAGAGAUCCACAAAAUCCUUGAAAAGGUCAACGAAAUUCCCCAAGAAUUCAUUACCGCCGUCAGAAUCCGGCGUAAGUAUGUGGAUCAGAUGAAAAAAAGGUUUGGCCGACAUCCCCAACCCACGUUCGAGAAUCUAACAGACACCACGGAUUGCGAGGAUAUCACAUCGGAAAGCGGGGAUAGCCAGGACGAGGAGGAUGAUGAUGAUUGUGGAACUACGGACGUCUACAACUCGAGUAGAAUCAACGGAAAGACCCCGACCAAACAGAAUGGAAAGGACAAAACGAAUGGAGAAAAGAAUGGGAAUGGAAGUUGCAGUAAAAACGACAGCAUAUUGGACCUGGACUCCUCUGAUGGAAUGCUCAGAUUGGUCCAGAAAUUGGGCGACGAACUCCAAAAACACGACAGUUGGCAAACUCCAGACGCGCUGACGGCCGUCCUUUCUAGUAAGCUGUUUUCGCCGAGUAUGCGUGUAACUGCUUCUAUUCUUUACAUACGGAUUUCUUAUUAAUAUUUUGUUGUAGGUAUGUCGGAUGCGAGUCGAGCGGCCAAGCCCUCAGUCCCGCCACCUCAAAAGACCAAGAUCAAUAUUCGCGCACCAUCGGCCAUCACAAAGAACCAGGCCAAGAAGAAUCCUCAGUCAUCGAAUAAGAAGCUGGCUCACAAGAAGAGUCCCCAACCAAAGUCUUCUGCGUCGACCUCGGAAUCAUCAGAAUCUGAAACGGAAUUUGCGUACAGUGCCGCCUCAGCUGGUAGUGUAUGGUCAGAAUUGCAGGUACUGCUGAAAAGCCUGGCUUCGGGACCACCAGAACCAAUUCAAAAAGCGGCCAAGAGAAUCGUCUUUGAUAAGAGGUAGGAUCUUUAAAAGAAUUGAUGAUUAAAUGUAUGAUUUUUAUUCAAUUUCAGAUUCCUCAACCUCGCAACUCCUCGGAAGUUGCCCCCGAUCCCAACUCGCCCUCCUCCAGCUCGUCCUCGUCAGAAGCUAAGCUCAGAGAACGCUUUGGAGACCAAGAAGCGCUUUUGUUACCAAGCAAUCCAUCAAUAUGAUCCCAUGAAUAGGGAUCUAGUCAGAAAUCUACUGUUGAUCCAAAAGCGAAGACAAUAUAACGGAAAUAGGGUGAAGCCUCAUUUGAUUGUUCCAAAAUCAUGGAUGAAGAACUCCUUCAAGGAGAAAGUGUCGAAUGUUUACCAAAUUGGGGAUGGCCCGUACGGCCCCGCUUACUUCAAUCGAUUGUUGCAAAUGAGAAUUACUGCCCAUGAGCUGUGGGUGGAUGAGAGAAUGAUUAGUCGAGGAAAAUUUUGGUGGGUUUUAAAAAUAUAUCGGACUUGACUUGUUAUUAUACAUGAUCAAAUUUUAUGAAAUGUUUUUAGGUUGAAGGCGAUUAAAGCGAUAGAAAGACAAAGGGUCCAGCAUCCGUGCCCAUGUCGAGCCGCCGAUGCCUUACUUUUUCUACAUAAGUUUCUAAAAGAUGUUUCCAAGGGAUUCUUAACUUAUCUCUGUGACCAGCCGGAAGUUAAAAUUGAACUACCAUAUCUUGUCAAAUUCUAUGCCAAGUUUCGAAAGGCAGAACGGAGUCUAUGCUGGGCCAAUCUAACCAAUGAAUGCAAUGAAGAAAACUUCAAAUGGAGAACACGGGGACUGCUGCAGAGACUAAAGAAAUAUCAUCUCGACUUUUCAAUGGAUGCCUGUUAUUCUCAAGGAUUGCCACCGUUGAACGGAGACUUUGCGGCAUUGGUUAACCUCUGCGAGAAGUUUGAGAGAUGGUAAGGAAGCUUUGGUUUGAAUAUAUUAUGUUAUAAUUUUGCAAUAGUGGCUAUAAAUAUCGGGCCGGUACCCGAUCUUCCACUAAUGGAAUCUAAGCAAAAGCUUGCUUUUUUCGAACUGUUUCUUUAAUUUUACCAAGUUUGGUCACAAACAGCAUCCAGCUCUCAGUUAAGUUAACCAAGGUCAGCCGUAAUUUCUGCAAACUUUGGGGUUCCCAUUACGAGUCCUUGAAAAUCGAAUCUCCUUCCAAAUAUUAUACAUGACACAAUAGACUUCAAUAAAAAAUAUUUUCAGUGAGGUCCUUCUCCAUCGUUAUGCGGCUUCGCGCGGAUUCAGAGUCCAAGUUCUCCCAUGUGUGGUGGAUCCCAAUCAACAGAUUACCAUUUAUGAAAAGAUGGAUUUUGAUACCACCAGUUCUCACCAUUACAGUGAAGAAUCGGAUUCAGAAGACCUGAGUGAGCAGGUUACAGAGCAAGAACAGAGAUUGAAAAAGCUCCAGGAGAUGUGUCCACCUGACAUUGAUUUGUCGCUCUUGCAGGAUGAGGCUAUCUCAAAGUUCUUGAUUAAUCGGAACCGAGAUCUGGAAGGCCUGGAUGCAUUAACGGAUAAAGAGGAACAAAAAGAGACCAAUCAGAAAAUCGUCCAGAAUCAACAAAAGAACAGUCAGAAGAAGAAAAAGAAGAACAAAAAAAGGAAACGCUGA